CCAAAUUUAAAUUUUUACAUUUUCAGAUUUUGGAUAAAUAAAAUGGCUGGAACAGGAUGGCCACGUGGAUCUACCCAACCUAUGGUUACCCAGACUACUCCUAAGAAUCCGUCCUUGACCCUGAGCCGGACUGUGAACCUGUAUCCGCUCACUAACUACACCUUCGGGACCAAGGAUCCUCUGUUUGAGAAGGAUCCCAGUGUUCCCGCCAGGUUUCAGAGAAUGAGGGACGAAUAUGAAAAGCUUGGUAUGAGAAGAUCAGUUGACGGUGUACUCCUGGUACAUGAGCAUGGUUUACCUCAUGUACUCCUUCUACAGCUGGGAACUACGUUCUUCAAGCUCCCUGGGGGAGAACUUAAUCCAGGAGAGGAUGAGUGUGAGGGUUUGAAAAGGUUGAUGACAGAAACUCUGGGUCGGGCUGACAGUGGAACCUCAGACUGGGUUGUAGAGGAUACUAUUGGGAACUGGUGGAGACCAAAUUUUGAACCUGCUCAGUACCCGUAUAUACCUCCUCACAUCACUAAACCUAAGGAGCACAGAAAGUUGUUCCUUGUACAGUUGAAGGAGAAAGCGUACUUCGCAGUGCCGCGUAACUACAAGCUCGUUGCCGCGCCGUUGUUUGAGUUGUACGAUAACUCCGCGGGAUACGGGCCCAUCAUCUCCAGCAUGCCACAAUCUCUGAGCAGAUUUAACUUUAUCUAUAUGUAGAUACAGGGCAUACAAACUUGAUUUAAUUUGGUGCAUUGGCACGUGCAAGCUUAUUCUUUUUCUAAAAUUAUAAAACGUUUAUUUUGGUAAUUAUGAUCUAUUUUUCUUUUCAUUUGUCAUGUCAAAGCACGCGUCAUUUUGGUAAUCUAACCCACAUAAGAUCUAAUUAUUUUUCUGUUUUAGGGUACUACAUUCAUACCUGACUCCAGGGUUGGAAGGAAGAUAUGUACGUACCCAACUAAGAAGAAUGUACCACAAUUAAACAACUCUCACAAAUAUUAAAAAUUCCAGUAUUUCCUAUUUGUUUUUUGUAUUUGUUUUUGCAAUUGUAAUAGAAAAUAUUUUUGAGAGUUAAUUUCCUUAUUUAUAAUUUCCUCAGCAUUUCAUUUGACAUUGUUUCAGAAAA